CUUACUUUUUCUUUAUUCUUUUUCCUUUCCAUAUAGAAAAUUUCAAAGCUUGGAAACACAAAACAAAACAGGCACCGCAACUUUGCGUGCCAUCACUCGAUUCCACGAAACCCUAACCCUAAUUUUCAUCUUCAAACCUCUCUCCCAUGGCGCAUAACGAAUCAAAUUCCGAUCAAAAUUCCCAAACCCGAUUCUAUAAUCCAUACAAAGACCUCGAAGUUCCUAUCUCUCGAAAUCUCUACAAACUCCCAACCUCUCCAGAGUUUCUCUUCGAGGAAGAAUUACACCGUAACCACCGUUCUUGGGGCGAAAAUCUCACCUUCUACACUGGAUGCAGUUACCUCGCCGGUUCAAUCGCCGGCGCCGGAGUCGGACUCGUUGAUGGUGUUCGAUCUUUUGAGUCGAGCGACACCAUGAAGCUUCGGGCUAAUCGGAUUCUUAACGCCUCGGGACAUGCGGGUCGGACAUGGGGAAACCGUGCUGGGAUCAUUGGGUUGCUUUACGCUGGAGUUGAGAGUGGGAUGGAAGCUGUGAGGGAUACUGAUGAUGUCUGGAAUAGUGUUGCGGCGGGGCUUGGGACCGGGGCGCUUUAUCGAGCAGCAAGAGGGGUGAGAUCGGCUGCGGUGGCUGGUGCUGUUGGGGGUGUUCUUGUUGGAGCUGCUGUGACUGCUAAGCAGGUGUUGAAAAGAUAUGUUCCUAUAUGAAUCAUGAUUGUGAGUGUGAGAUUCAAUCAUUUUAUUUGAAAAAAUAUCAAUUUUGAGGGAUCAUUGAUGUUAGGUUUAGUUAUAGAUUAUAUAGAAUUAUUUGAAAAUUGUAUGCCAUAUGUAUUAUGGUGAUGGUAGUUAGCUAUAUUGCACCAGAAUUUGUCGACAAGAUACCGAUACAUGUGGUUGCAUUCAAUAAUUUUGUUUUCUCAACUUACUAUGGGUGUCAAUUUGUUAAUUUCGGUAUCCAGUGUUUUUGUCAGUACUUUGUAUGUAGUUAGUAAUUACUGACUACAUAACUUUGUAUGUUAAUGCUUAAUCAUUAGUUUAAUGUCUUAUUAUUUUUACGACUCGA